AUGGCGCGGCUCAGCGGCGGCCAGCGGCGGCGGCUGGCGCUGGCAGCGGCGCUGCUGGGGGGCCCCGACCUUCUGGUGCUGGACGAGCCCACGAAUCGUGAGAAAACAAACCCUGACUGGUGGCAGCAGCCAAACUCAGAAGACACCUGCAACAUUCUUGAUGCAGCUGGCUACAUGGACGUGACCAUGAUCGACUGGAUGGCGCGGGAGCUGACGGGAAACCAGGACCUGGCGGUUGUAACUGUCACGCACGACAGGGCUUUCAUGGAGUCGGCCUGCAACAGGAUCCUGGAGCUGGACGGCAACGGCGGCGCGCACCUGCACAAGCUCGGGGGGAAGGGCAGCUACGAAAAGUUCAAGGAGGCGCGCGCGGCCCGCCGCGCGGCGCAGGCGAACGCAGCGGCCGACGCGCGGACGGUGCUGCGGCGGGAGUCGGAGUGGAUGGCGCGUCAACCCAAGGCGCGGUCCACCAAGAGCAGGGCCCGCAUCGCGUCGUUCUACGAGCUGACGGCGAAGUCCAAGGACGUGCCCGCGCCCGACACCAAGGUCGACUUUGGGGGCGCGGGCAUGGUGCGGCAAGGCAACAAGGCCAUCGUUAUGAAGGGCGUGAACUUCACACUGCCCAACGGCCGCCAGCUCAUCUCGGACUUCACGUUCGAGUUCCUGCCCGGGGAGCGGCUCGGCAUCGCGGGCGCGAACGGCGUCGGAAAAAGCACGCUGCUCGACCUGAUCACAGGCAAGCUGCAGCCGGACAGCGGCGCGCGCGAAAUGGGGGAGACCGCGGUGAUUGGCUACUUCCAGCAGGUCCCGCCCCCCGUGGACCCCUCCCUCCGCCUCGUGGAUUAUGUGAGCCGGGGCACGCCCGCAAAACGGGCGCAGCACACACAGCACGCGCAGCACGCGCAGCACGCGCAGCACGCGCAGCACGCGCCCCUGACCCAUCAACCAUGA